CAAGGGGGACACAUUAACUUGUUCAUCUCCCUCACCUGAUCUGUUCGAGCAAACCAGAUCUGAAAAAGAACCCUGGUUUCUUGACGCAUAUUUCUGAGAAUGGAGGCAAUCCAAACCCACCCCGCGAACGCCGCGCAAGCCAAGGCCUUCACUGCGCCUGGUUCGCUCUCAUUUCCGGGAGGCGCCAGCGAAAUUUCGCAUCCGCAGGGCAAUGGACAUGCGACCAACGGCGCUCAGCAGCAGGGCGUUCAAGCCACUAACGGUACUGGGGUGACUCCCGCGACCCCCGCUGCGACGCCGGGAGCUGGAGGAAACACUGGCCCAAGUGGCAUCACUCCCACGCUCCAGUAGGAACCUCUACAGUCCCCAAGGCACUAAUGAGGCUGUGGGCUGACUGAUGCAGGAACAUCGUCGCUACGGUCAAUCUGGACUGCCGUCUAGACCUGAAGACGAUUGCGUUGCAUGCCCGCAAUGCGGAGGUACGUGU